AUGGACACUUAUUCCAUUCCGUACGCAUCAUUUGUGAGUCGUGUCAUUGUCAAUAAGGAUAAGGACUUGCAAUACAAAGUGAAUGUGGUCAAGAAGUCAUCCUCCUCACAACAACGAUCCACCACUUCUUCUGAAAAUGUUGAAGUUCAAAUUUCCUAUGAUUCAUCCUUAGGAGGUGUCGGUUAUGUCGGUUACUCUUUGGAUUCCAUCAAUGGAGCCAUCUCUCUUCAGCUUGCAAAAGCGAAUCAAACUCCUCUUGCUUCAGGAAGUGUUCCAGUCCAACCAAGCACAAGUGUUGUAACACCAAAACCAUCCUCCAAUCAAACAAAACCCUUAAAAUCGCAUGUGGUGUCUGCUGCCACUUCCAUGAUACGAGAAGGGGGAAGAAUAUUCUGGUUCUCUCUUUUUGCAAUGUUGUCGACUGGAAUGUACAUGUUGUUUACCAUUUCCAAAUUUAAGAAUCCAUUCCAUCAAACCAUGACACUCACAAUGUUUGUUUUGGCAUUGUCUUUGGUUGUUGCCUCAACAAGCUCCAGUUUCUUAAAUGCUGAUAUAGAUGCCAUGACAGAAAUCAAGAAUGGAAAAUUAGCUUGUGCCAUUCCAACCAUCACUGUUCUCGUUCCACAAAUUUACGAAUUUGAUAUCAAUCAAGAAGAUCCUUCGUUGUCACCUCAAUUCAAAACAGAAGUUAGUUUUGCUCCUCAGCAAUAUACAACUUCUUUUCAAAAUGGUAGAGAUGGUUAUAAGGACGAAGAAGCCAUCACCAUUUCAACCAUGUAUAUUGAUACUUGGAAUGAAAUGAAUGGUCAAACAUUUUAUGAAGAUGAUGUGGUCUUUGUUGGACACAAUUCCCAAUAUGAAGCUCGCGUGUUGAUGAGGUUUAGAAAUUUACAAGGUAAACUUCCUCCAGGAGCUGUGGUCAGUUCUGCCUCUCUGGAUUUGACCUAUGUGGCUUGGGUUAAGGGAUGUAAAAUUCAAGUCCACCAUAUCAACACUUCAUGGGUAGCUGCUCAAAAAACUGGAUGGAGAUUUAAAAAUUAUGCCACGAGAGAAGAGUGGAGAAUUCCGGGCGCUGCUGGAGAUGUUGUCUUGAAUUCCUAUUCUAAAAUGGAAAAGGCAAUGAGUGACAUUGGAAAUCAAAUCAAAUCCAUUUCUCUCGAUCCGUAUAUUGUUCAAAAAUGGUUUGACAACAAUACUGAAAAUUAUGGAGUCUUAUUAAGAGAGGUCCCUGGAACGUUUGUUCGACCAACCAUAUUUGGCGGAAACUCAUCCAUAGCUUAUCGACCUCGAUUGACAGUGACAUAUCAGUUUCAACCCAUGAAACCUCCUCAAUAUCCAAUGGUGUUAACAGAGAUACCUGUUAAAUUCUUUGUUCAGUCCAAUACUUCGAAUUGUAACGUCACUGCAUGUGGAAAUGAUGACACAGGGUCUGGCACUAUUACAGCACCUUUCCGUUCUGUUGCCAAAGCAUUAACGCUUGCACAGGAUGGAGAUGUCAUCUUGCUUAGAGAAGGUGUUCAUGCAGGUGGCUUGACGAUUGAUCGAGAAAAUAUUACUAUUCAAGCAUAUGGAUUGGAGAAAGCUGUCAUUGCAAGUCCUGUCAACAACCCCCAACAAGCCAUUAAUGUUUACUUGAGAAGAGGAUCCAGUGGCAGUGUGCUACGAAAUUUAGAGCUCAUUGGAGGAUUUGAUUACAACAUUCGAAUAGAGUCAUCGAUUGAUUGGGGAGGUAAUAAUGCAAAAUUUGGAGCUUCUAAUAUUGUCAUUGAGAGAUGUAAAAUACAUGAUAGUGGUUAUCACUUGAUCAAGAUUGACUCACUAUGCAACAAUGUUAUCAUUCGAAAUAAUGAAUUUUACAACAGUGGAGUAAGAGUGAGAACAGGUGGUUCAGCGAUUGUGCUCUACGAUACCUAUCUAACCAGAAUUCAAGAUAACAUGAUUCACCACACAAUGGGUGCAGCCAUAAUGAUUAAAUCUGGUGCAAGAAAUUCCAUCGUUGAAAGAAAUUAUAUUACCAAUAGUUAUGGAGCUGGAGUGUUGGUUGGAUUCUAUGAAACGAGCGAAUACUUUUCUGAUGCCAAUCAAAAUCCUCUCUACUAUCAAGCUGUGAAUACCAUUGUUAGAAAUAAUAUCAUUGCUAACACGUCAGGGGCUGGAAUUGGAUUGUAUUCAGCUAAAAACCCACAAAUUGUUUUUAACACAAUAUGGGCAGCUGCACAAGACAAUCAAGCUGCAAUUUUGAUCAAUCUCGUUCAAACAUGGGUUUCUAACUCGUAUUCACCAAUUACUCCAUGUAUCAAUGUCACACUUACCAACAAUGUCAUUUGUACUUCAAGAGAUAGAAUUAUUGAGAUUCGAACACUUACCAGCUAUGUGGAUGACUCUGUGGUCGGUGGUCUUGAAGGUCAAUCCCUCAAUGUCUCAUACAAUAGAUACUAUUCUCUUCAUUUGGGAAGUAGUGGAGGAGUCUUUUCGGAUCAAAGAAACUCCAUUGGUUAUGUGGGAGGUUUUUCUGGAUGGAAAUCCAAAUACAAUGAUAUUGGAAGUAGUGAAGGAAAUCCAUUCAUUGAUACGAUCGCUUUUUACCCUCAAUACCCAUCUCCUCUCAUUUUCAGUGGUGUUGAAAUUGCUGGAAUCAUUUCUGACUAUUUUGGAAGACCCAUGAUCAAAGGAAAAAUUUCUAUUGGCGCUUUGCAAUUCAUGAAUGAUGGUUUUAGUGAUGAUCCAACCAAGAAAUACUCGAUCACUAAUAUCAUAUAUAGAUUACCUUACCGUGGUUCUGCACCUCCAAAAGAUGUAUUACCGACAUGGUCACCUCCAACGACGUAUCGGGUGAUUUAUGUUUCUCCAACAACUGGAAGUGACUCGUCUGGAAAUGGAACGUUGGAAUUUCCGUAUAAAACCAUUCGUAAGGUGACCAACGUUGCUUUUAUGAAGGACAAUGAUAUUAUCAUUCUAAGAGGAGGAACAUACAAUGAGGGAGGAAUUUCAAUUACUUCCAACAAUGUCACUAUUAAGGCAUUUGACAAUGAGGUGCCCAUCAUCACAAGUUCCAUGAAUGACGCCACUCAAAUGAAUGUAUUUAAAAUUUAUUCCCAAUUUGUGACAUUGGAAGGAUUAGAAAUCAUUGGAGGUUUUUACUAUGGAGUCAUGGUUGAACGCUCGGACGUUGUCAUUCGUAAGGCAAAAAUUCAUCACACGGGAUCUGAUUGCAUCAAAUUGUCUCCCUUUUCAAAGCGAGUCACCAUCACACAAUCUGAAAUUUAUCAAUGUGGUAAAAGAACCACGUAUCAACAAGGAAAUCCCAAUCAAGGUGCAGCCAGUACCGAUGCCAUUCGUGCCGUGAAUGUGGACGAUUUGAUCGUCUCUCAAAAUUAUAUUCACGACAUUGCUGGAAGUGCCAUUAAAACUCAAGGUGGAGGUCAGCGAGCACUCAUUGAACGAAACUUAAUUCUCAAUGUUCAAGGUUUAGGUGUCACUGUUGGUUUUUACGAAGAAACUUCAUACAUGGAUCCAACUCAAAACCCAGAUUACUAUGAAGCCAUUGACGCUGUGGUAAAGAAUAACAUCAUUGUCAAUGUACAGGGAGCAGGUGUUGGUUUGUAUGCUUCUAAAAACAGUAAGGUCCUGCACAAUACUUUGGUGAAUGUGGCUCUUUCCAUGCAAGUUCCAAUUUUGAUCGUAGCUAGUCCACAUACGAUGAAUGCAGUUCAGUCACGAGGUCAAUCGAAUCAUGCUCCAAUGAUAGUUAAUAACAUUAUUCAACUCUCUGAGGCUGGAGUUUCACAACUCAUAUAUGAAGUGAGAGUACAAGAUGGAGAUGGUCUAGAUCAAUCACAAUUGAGUUCUGAUUGCAAUAUUUAUUUCAGCAAUUACAAUAAUUAUCACGGAAAUUCUCAAGCAUCUAUUAGCUUCCUUGAUAGACGAUUAACAUCUUUUAUAUCAACAUCUGAUUUAGAUUCAUGGAGAAAACACAUCAAUAGUGAUUACAAUUCAUCCAUCGCAGAUCCCCUUCUAGACUCCAAUUUAAAGAUUGGUAUUCAAAGCCCAGCUCGAGGUAAAGCAAUGUUUCUGUCAGAGGUCACAGAAGAUUUCUAUGGAAAUUCUCGAACCAAGGUCAAUAACGAUAUUGGAGCAUUGUUGUAUUCUUCGGACUUGUCGAAUUCGUCAGUCACACUGUUUCCACCGGCAUUUUCUACCAUCAUCCAAACUAGUUCAUCCAAUCAGUGUUCGAAUUAUACCUUUAUACUUCCCAGGACGUUCUAUGUGGAUAACGUCCAUGGAAGAGACGGGGAUUGUUUGGGAACAUUCUCUAACCCUUUCAAAACGAUUAAUCAGGCUUUGGCAGUUGCUCCUUCAGGUUCUAAUAUUACUCUUCGAUAUACAGGUGUUACCUAUAAUGAAAGUCUCUCUAUUCGAACUCCAUAUAUUAGAAUUUCCACCUAUGAAAAUGAUCCAAAAGAAGCUUUAAUUGUUUCAUCCAUCUACAACUCAUUCAUUCUUCACACCAUUCGCUUUGAAGCAAGCGCAAUUGAUAGCUCAUUGGAGAGAGUUGAACUUCAAGGAGGAUUCUUCUACACUUUGAAAAUUGAUGCAGACCAAGUAACUGUUAAAAAUUGUAUCAUUCACAACUGUGGUACCAAAUGUGUGUUCAUUUUGAAAGCCAACAAUGUGACUCUGACCUCAAGUGAAGUUUAUGACUCUGGUUCAAGACUUCCGUCUGAAGGUGAAGGAGUACAUGCCUUGGCCUCUCAUCAUUUCACAUGCACUGAUAAUUACAUUCAUGACAUUGCUGCUGAUGGUGUGAAAAUUGAAGGAGGAUGUCGAGAGAGCUACAUUGAGCGAAAUGCCAUCUCGAAUGCAGAUCGAGGAAUUUUAGUUGGAGGAAGAACUGAUUCUAUCCAGCUGUUUGACACCAACUCCAAUCCUGAGCUCUAUGAAAGUAUUGAUGCUACUGUGAGUAACAAUAUCUUAAUGGCCAUCUUCGGAGCUGGAAUUGGAGUUUACGGCUCAAAGAAUGCACACGUCAUUCACAAUACCAUUAUAGAUGCUUCACAAUCCAAUCAAGUGAGUGCUCCUCUUCAUGUGACAAGCACGCUUCAUCGAAAUGGACUUCUUACUCCUGUAUAUUCUCCUUGGAUUUUGAACAAUCUCAUCUUUAACAAGGAGACCAUCUCUUCUCCAUUGUUUAGAAUCGAUGAAGGAUCAUCCCUCAAUGCAUCUAUUACGGGAGGCUCCAUUGUCAUUAACAAUAAUGUGUACUACAACAAGAACAAGACGGCUCUCUUUGUAGAUGGUCGAAAAAACACUGCUUUCAGUGGUUCAUUGUCUAAUUGGAAAACCAAAAUUCAAUCCUAUUUUUCUGGUAGUAACGAAGCCAACAGUUUAGAAGGUGACCCUCAACUAAAUUCACAACAUUUAUCCCCAUCAUUAAGUUCUAUGGCAACCAAUGCAGGUCAUGCUUCAACGACUGAUUUAGAUUUUUAUGGUAAUACUAGAAAUCCAAAUUCCAUUGAUAUUGGAGCUGUCAUUUCAAGCAAUAGCGUUGGUCCAUUGUCAAAGCAUGUACCUCGAACGCUUCCUACAAAUAUUUCACAAAUUGCAGUGGCCAAGAGUUCUAGCAUGGCUUCCAUUCGAUAUCCUCCAACUGGUAAUCAAAAAACUUGGUCUGCCCCUGGCUACACUUCUGAUGAUGCUGGUGAAUUUGAUCUUGCAUGUCCAGUGUUCCUACCUGAUCAUCCUUUCAAUCAAGACAUUUCGAAUCUUCCUGUUCAUCCCAGAUCCGAUGCAUUCAUUAAUAAUGUUGCAAGAAAGUACUUACACGCUGACUUUGGUACUGUGUAUGAUGGAGCUCUCAAUGGAAUACCAUAUAUCAUUGUUACCAAAGAUCAACCCAAAGUUGGAAUUCAAAUUACAUCCUACGCUUCAGAAAGUGACAUAACAACUUAUCCUUUUCCAGAAGGUGCUCCUAUUGAAGGAGGACCAAAUUCUAAUGGAGACCGUCACAUCAUUGCCAUUGAUAAGGACAAUUGCAAACUCUAUGAAACAUGGAGAACAUUUGUCAUUGAUAAGCAAUAUCGUGACACUACCGGUGGUGGCAAUGUUUUUACAGCAGAAUGUGGAGCUAUUUUCAAUUUAAAUACAAGCAAAGCCAUCCAGAGACCCUUAGGAUGGACAUCAGCUGAUGCAGCUGGACUUCCUAUUUUCCCAUUGCUUGUCAGAUAUGAUGAAGUAGUUGUGAAAAAGGAAAUUAAGCAUGCCAUUCGAUUCACAGUGGUUAAAUCUCAGAAGGCCUUCAUUUCUCCAGCAUCACAUUUUGCCUCUUCUCUCACAGAUCCCAAUUUAUUACCAAUGGGAGCCAGAAUUCGAAUGAAAGCAUCCUAUGAUUGUUCCAGUUAUUCAGAGGAAGUACAAGUGAUUUGUACAGCACUGAAAAAGUAUGGAGCUUAUAUGGCUGAUAAUGGUCAGGAUUGGUACUUUAGUGGAGCACCACAUCCCAUGUGGAAUGAUAAUCAUUUGAAUGAUAUGAAGAAGAUUCCUUCGACUGCGUUGGAGGUUGUAUACACUGAAAAAACAUGUUUGGAUGCCACUUGCUCAACGUGGAGAGAUGAACUGAAUUGA